GAGGAAAGAUGGCGGAGCGCAGCAGCCGGGACAUGACAACAUGCGCAUGUAAAGGCAUCAGGACGUGUUUAAUCUGCGAGAGCUUCAAGGAGGCGGUUCAGCCGGCGUCGUGUGAACCAAAGAAGGUGCAUCAUUUUGUCUACGAUCCUGAAACAAGACUUGCCUCCAGCGACCAUGACCAGGCCGCGUCCUUUCUCUUUCCUGGUGUCUUUUUAUGGGACAACUUCAUCACAGAGGAGGAAGAGAAUGAGCUGAUCAGCUGGAUGGACCGGGAGGUGUGGAAUCCGUCGCAGUCUGGUCGAAGGAAACAGGAUUUUGGUCCGAAGGUGAACUUUAAGAAAAGAAAAGUGCGUUUGGGAAGCUUCAGCGGGCUCCCCGCUUUGAGCCGGGCCCUGGUAGUGAGGAUGCAGCGCGAGCCGAGCCUGGCGGGCUUCGAGCCGGUGGAGCAGUGUAACCUGGACUACCACCCGGAGCGAGGCGCGGCCAUCGAGCCGCACCUGGACGACUCCUGGCUGUGGGGGGAGCGUCUGGUCACCGUCAACAUGCUGUCCGACACCACGCUCACCAUGUCGCUCCCCGCCGAGGGGGAGGGAGCGGGGGAGGGGGAGGUCCGCGUCGCCGUUCGCCUGCCUCGCAGGUGUUUGGUCAUGCUGCACGGUGAGGCGCGGCACCGGUGGAAACACGCCAUUCACAGGGAGGACAUUCAGCGGCGCAGGGUGUGCAGCACCUACAGGGAGCUGUCUGCAGAGUUCCUCCCUGGAGGGGGGCAGGCCCAGCUGGGCACCCAGCUGCUGGACAUCGCUUCGGGCUUUAAUGGGACUCCGGUGUGAAGGCUCAGCCGGGGGGUCAGCCCGGCGCUCUGGAGGCUGGAGUAUUCACUGAUGCCUUGCUUCACCAUAAGCCUCCAGAGCUACAAACUUUAAAAGAUCUCUUUUUAGAUAAAAAUAACAGUAUUUAACACUAUUUUCUCAAUAAAAUUCUUUCAGUGGAGAUUUGAUGAAGCUGAAGAUCUCAUUCGUUUCAGCUCUUGUCUUGAUUCCAAACCUUUUUCUUUUGCCGUUGGCGACCUGCUGCACCAGCUGAUCCACAGCCCCCCUAAAACUAAAACACUCCUCGCUUCCUCGCUGUCUCACACCAUAAAGUAAAAAAACUGAUUGUUCAUAAAGCUUCACUUCACUGUUUGCAGACACUUUUACAACAGAGUCACUGCUUGUGAUUAAUAAUUAACUGGCAGCUGUUGAGGUGUGAGAACUGUGCUGAUCGGACUGUCACUUUAACUGUCUUCUGCUCUCUUUAAAUAUGCACUUCUGUAAUUUGUAGUUGCUCAGGUUUAAAAGUCUUUCUGCUAAGUAUUUAAAAAAGUGAACCAUUCUCUUCCUGUGUGACUUUCUGGCUGCAUCACUCCUUUCAGUGUCAGCACUGCACUGAGAGAGAUACAGUGGCCACCACCAUCGGUCGACCAUGAUCGAUCAGAUCCAAGGCACAGGCAGCGCCUUUACUUUGAUUUCAACAGCACUUUUACCUAGUCAUGUUAAUAACAUGUUGCAAAAUACUCCUCCAGUUGUUGUUGGUGUUUAGGUUUUUUUUUUUGGGUUGUUUAUAAUAAAAAAAAAAUGACAAUGAAAAUUAAAUUGCAAAGGAGUGCAUCCUUAUAUUUGAGGAAUGUGGAAUUGUGAUUGAAAGCCACAAAAUUUUCCAUUGUCGAAAAUCUGUCUUCACUACUGACAGGAUUUGCUCUAAAAAUCCUUUUUUUAUACCCAGUAUUCUACUAACAUCUUGCCAAUUGGCUAAAAUAAGAAAAAAAAAA